GACACGCACUUCCGUUGUCGGUAGAAAGUCCACUUCCCUUUCUUGCACAGAUUUUACCGUGUGCCAGUGCUAUCAGGUCCCCCCACCGCCCUCAUUUAACCCACAAAGAGGUGCCGCCGUAGCCAUGCGUGUGUGUUUCCUGCUUGCGGUGACGUUUAUGUACGUCGGCCCGCUGUCGGUCAGCGGAGGCGAGAAGAAGAAGCUGCAGAUCGGCAUCAAGAAGCGGGUGGACAGCUGCCCCGUCAAGUCCCGCAAGGGAGACGUGCUGAACAUGCACUACACCGGCAAGCUGGAGGACGGCACGGAGUUCGACAGCAGCGUCCCGCGGGACAGGCCCUUCACCUUCACCCUGGGCAUCGGGCAGGUGAUCAAAGGCUGGGACCAAGGCCUGCUGGGGAUGUGCGAGGGGGAGAAGAGGAAGCUGGUCAUCCCCUCGGAGCUGGGAUACGGAGACAGGGGAGCCCCCCCCAAGAUCCCAGGGGGAGCGACGCUCAUCUUUGAAGUGGAGCUGCUCAGCAUCGAGAGGAGAUCAGAUCUUUGAUGAGGGGGAGAGAGAGAAAAGGAGAUGGGAAGGGUACUUUCAAAAUAUUCCAGGAGGUGCCAUGGUAUUAGGUGGAAAUUUGACUGCUGAUAACUUGAACGACCAACCUGGGGAUGGAGUUCGGUGCUCCUUGCCAAACCGCUGUCAUCUUACCUCCGGCUCUGUACCUGUUUUGAUUUAUUAGAC